GAGACUUUUGGGGGGCUCUAUUUAACAGACAAAUAACCUCCAUAAAGCCAAACUGAGCAGGCCGUGACUCUAUUGGGAAAAGUGUGGAGCAGCCAACAGGAUGAGACUUGGGAGGAACCCCCAGUGCGAGUGACGCGAGUGGGGCCGAAGUAUUCAGUGUACCCCCUCCCCGUCGGCUAUCGGGAACAGAGGAGCGGCCGCCGAAAAAACUUCCCCUGCAACUUUGGCCGCGUCGAUGUCGCUGACAAGCGUCUGUAUUUUUAGCAGUGGCCGUCAUCGCGCUGUGACUGGCUGGCCGUGGGCUCGCUAUAAAGGACCCGCUUCGACAUGCAGCUUUACAACAGCGCCUUAACGCACUACCCACGGUCUUCCAGCAAAGUCACCGUCACUCUAUCCGGCGGAACCGUCAGCCCGACUGAGGAGGACGCGCCUGGACCGAGCCAGCCACACGCCAGCGAUCCAGCAGCCACUUCCGCAAACAUGCCUGCCUUUUCUUGCUACGAAGCCACCGCCUCCUCUUCCAGGCACAGGCCCGUUUACUUCACCUCCACUGCCGAGUUGCGCAUACGCAGAGCGGACGGAGUGGAGAGGACUGUUCCAAUCCAAAUCACCAGGGUGCGUAAGCCUCCAUCCCCUGGAGAUGAAUUGCGGGACUUGAUCAAUGAGCUCAAAGACGGUACAGAUGGACUUUACCUGGAUGACCCCCCUGACAGGGUUCUUUUUGAGGAGGACGCCAGAAUAAACAGGCAGGUACCUGAAGAGGUUCCCUGUGGAGCUCCUGUGGAGUCUGAAUCUCACUUGAAUGAUGAGUCGGCUACAUCAGACUUUGAGCUCAGCGUCCUGCAUGAGCAGAGAAGGGACGACAAAGUGAUCCAAGAUGACAAGGUGGUCCGGGACGACAAGGUUGCCCGCUACCUGGCCGAAGUGGAGACACAGAACAAGUACCUCCAACAGAAGCGCAAAUUUCGCUAUCACAUCAUUCCAGAUGGGAACUGCCUGUACCGGGCUGUGUGCAAAGCCACGUAUGGCGAUCAGGGAGGUCACGGGGAACUACGGGAACGAACGGUCCACCACAUCGCCGACCACCUGGACCAGUUCAACCCUGUCAUCGAGGGCGACGUGGGCGAGUUCCUCAUCAAUGCGGCGCAGGACGGCGCCUGGGCCGGGUACCCCGAGCUUCUCGCCAUGAGCCAGAUGCUCAAUGUCAACAUCCACCUGACAACUGGGGGCAGCGCUGAGAGCCCCACUGUGUCCACCAUGGUGCACUUCCUGGGCGAGGAGGACACGUCCAAGCCGGCCGUCUGGCUGAGUUGGCUGAGCAACGGACACUAUGACGUCCUUAUGGACACCCACGUGGACAACCCAGAAUACGAGGACUGGUGCAGAAACUCCCAAAUGCAGAGGAGACGGGAUGAGGAACUGGCCAAGUCCAUGGCAGCGUCCUUGUCCAAAAUGUACAUUGAGAACAUUGGGGCCGUGUAAAGGCGUAACGACUUGCUUUGAUUUGUGCCUUAAGUGAUUUAUAUUUUUAUAAGAUGUGAUAUAACUAAGUGCUGUGCACAUACUUGACUGUUUUUAUUUGGCAACGUUGCUACAUUACUACUAGUAUGUGGCUGUGUUCAAUAAUUGAUCUAGUAGUAUGUCAGGAGUUUGCUAUUUUAUUUUUUUAUGACUAUUUGAAUGUUUUGCGACAAGUGCCCUCUAUGUAUCCGACAAUACAUUUUGAAAAGCGGUGAGCAACCAAUGAAAAUGAUGACGCACAAAAUAAAUCCAUGAAUUUUGACAUGAAAAUAUCUUAACCAUAAGUACAGCAACAUAGAUUUGACAAAGUGCUUUACUUCCGUAAUUUUCUGACUAUAAACCGCUACAUUUUUCCUUCAUUUAUAAUCCUGUGGCUUGUAUUCCAGUGCGGUUUAUUUGUUGAUUUAUUUGGGUUAAUAGGUAAAACUUUAUUUGACAACUGCGUUGUAAGACCGUCAUAAUUAUGACUUGACACUAUCAUGGGAAUAACUGAAUGCUUAUUACAGAUGUCGUAAGUGUCAUCCGGCAAAUUAUGUCACUAACUGCAUUUAUGUCCAUUUCGGAUUUUUUACAUCCAUUCAAAAGUGAGAUAAUUUGACGGAUAACACUAAAUGACAUCUGGUAUAAGCAUUCAUGAAUGCUCAUGACAGAGUCAUAUCAUAUUAUUACUAAUUAAUGACAGUCUUAUGGCGCUAGUGUCAAAUAAAGUGUUACCAGAUACCAUAACUAGCAUUCAACGACACAACUGGAACAUUAACUGAAGAAAUUAUUCGCACAGAACAUGAAUUUUCAUUGUUAUUUACAUCUGUAGCGCUGCAAUGCAUGCUAGGAGGCAUGUUGGACGACAGCAGUGUUGACAGUAGGUGGCCAAAAUGAAGCUUCUUGAAGCUUUGCAGCCAAUAAGUUCAAAGCUUCAUGGUGGCUCAUUUGGUCUUAUGACAGUCGUAUGAUGCCUUUAAAAAAAAUAAAGUGUUACCAGUUAAUAUCUUGAUGUAAACAUCCCAUAAUACAGUGAGGACAGCUGCGGCUUGUAGUCCAGUGCGGCUUAUCUAUGAACAAAUGACGUUUUUGUGUCAAAUUUGGUGGGUGGCGGUUUAUAGUCCGAUAAUUACAGUAUUAAUUUAGUGCUGUCAAUGUUAAAGGAUUACCUCGGAUAGCACUGUGUGUGUGUGUGUGUGUGUGUAUAUAUACAUAUAUAUAAUAUUCAUAUUUUCCCCCUCAUGAGUUAAUACUUUUUAACGCAAAAGAUUUGCUGAGUAAAAUGACAUUAGUUGAGCAAAAUGGUUUCUUUUAGAUUAAAACAUUUUAAAGAUAAACAUUUAUUCUAUAAACACUACUUUUUAAAUAUUUUUGUAUAUACUGCAUUUGUUUGUCAGUGUUUUAUACAAUUUACAGCAACUGAUAACUAUCUUGCAUGACUUUUUUUUUUUUUCCUCAAAUGAGAUAUUGUAUGCACUUUGACAAACUACAGUACAAAUCCAACAACUUGGAUAAUACAGUACUUAAUUCUUGAACGGAUAGAAAAAACAGCUUUUUCCUGUGGUCUUAAUACUCUUUGAUGUGUAAAAAAUGCUCUUGUAUUUAUUUGCUGCACUGAUUUUUAAUGUGGUCUUGUAAUGCUGUAAACUACUUUCGAUUAUAUUAUAGCAAGUGUUUUUUUUAUUUAAAACCCAUUUAAGUUUAAAAUGUUUUCAACUGAUGAUGUAUUUUACUAAGAUUAACUGGAGCUGACAAGUUCAGAAAAGUCUUUUCUAACGGGAGAGCACCUUUUCUCCCCGUAAUUGUUGCACAAAUAAAAGUGUCCUUAUAAGUGACUCAUCCACGUUUGACUGCCUGUGCAUCUCUGCGGAAUGCUUGGAAGUGUUUUUUGGGUCAGGCUGCCUGUCACUAUUGAGGGCUUUGUGAAUAGUUACAACAAGGUUUUGUGCGUGUGUGUAUUUUUAAACUCAAUGAACAAACACCGCCAACUGGGGGAAUCUGCUAGCUCAUGAUUCCAAAAAGUUCUCCAAGUCUUCUGGCCUAGUUUUGAAUAAUGCCACAAUUCUGCAUUUGUGACAUGUUCUCAGUGUUGCCAAUUUAGCAACUUUGUCGCUAUGCUUGGAAACUUUUCUGACCCUCUAGCGAGUCGUU